AUGGACUACAUUCGCCGGCAACGAGCACAACCCAGCCACGAUCCCAACACCAGCCAUAUCUUGUGCGGUGCUGACGCAGAUUUGAUCAUGCUUGGGUUAGCUACCCAUGAGCUGAAUUUCACUGGUAUGCGUCAAGAAUUCAGACCAAACAAACUUAUACCAUGUGAAAUUUGUAACCAGAUAGGUCACGAGCAGAAUGACUGUCAAGGAGUGGAGCACCCAAAGUGUGGAGAGAACGACGAAAUCGGUCACAAUGUAGCAGCCAAGCAGAACUACAUAUUCAUUCGCCUCAACGUGCUUAGAGAGUGUCUUGAAAGGGAGCUGCGGAUGCCAAGUAUGUCGAUUGUGUAUGACUUUGAACGUGCCAUAGAUGAUUGGAUCUUCAUGUGUUUAUUCAUCCGCAACGACUACCUACCUCAUCUUGCAUCAUUAGAAAUUCGAGAAGGUGCUAUUGACAGACUCGUAAAUCUCUACAAAGAAUGUGUCUACAAGACUAAGGGAUGGUUGACAGACAGUGGGUUCGUCAACUUGGAUAGAUUGCAGAUUAUUCUAUCACAAUUUGGAUAUGACGAAGACGAAAUAUUUCAAAAACGUCAAAUGGAUGAACUCAGUAUCAGUAACGUGAACAGCAGUCGAGCCAACAGUCAAAAGACGAAAGAGGAAAAAGUGGAUUUGUCCGGUCGAAAUGUCGUUGUUAGCUUUGAUUUACGCUGCGCAAAUAACCGUCGACAACAACUCACUCCCGCCAAUAACGUUCUCAGACCUCACUGUCGAGCUAGCAUACUCAAAAGAGAACAAUCUAUGUAA